ACUUGACUUCUGCACGUGUACCUUUUUCGUGUUAAGUAACCUUCGACUCUUGUUACAAUUCCAUUUGAUACUACGUAAAUAGGAAGAUAUCAGUGAAUCGAUCUCAUGCGUAUUUGUUACACGUGUAAAUGCAUAUAUUAUAGAAUAAAACUGCUUUGUUUUUAAAGUGCAACGAAACGUUCAUUCUGAAAGUUCGGCCGUCUAUUUGACAGCUGUGCGUCGGUUGUCAUACUGAUUGUUUCGGCUUGUGCAAAAUUGGCUAUGAGUGUGGAAUGUUAUGAUGUACCGUUCCGUCAACUAGGAAUUGAACACAUGUAGUACGCCAAGCCAGCGUAUAUCGAAGAUUUCUGGCGAUAUCAACAAGAACAGUGGUUUUUUUGUUGUUACAUUCUUUGGACAGUGGAGCUAAUGAAGUUUGUAAGCUGGUAAUGUGGUAGUUUUUGUUGUGAAAUGGUAGGGGUGUGUUUACGGUUUGCCAGAGGUUGGAAGUGACGUUUGAGUAUGUCGCAUGAUGAAAAUGUUUCAGCAUCUGUUGUCGAGAGCAGGAACUUUGUAAAUGAUGAUGGAAUUAAGAAGCUAACAGUGGGACUGUUGUCUUUGUAUGAAUCGGAUCUUGUGAAAGCGAAAGGGCAACUUGAUGAGUUGACCAAAAAGCAGAUGUCCGUUAUCACUCAACUGCAGGACGAAAAUGAAAAGCUAAAUAAAAUGCAGUGCACGAACGAUCUGCAAGAAAUGUGCGCCAUGGUGAAACAGUAUCACACAAAGCUUACUACGAUUAAAAAGGAUAUGUCGCAAUUACAUGAAAGGAGUUUGAAACUUAAAAAAAGAGCCAUGAAGCUUCAGCAGAUAAAACAGAAGGAAGCCUUGCAACGCCAGCAUCAGCGAGAAUUACAAAUACAGCGAGAACAAGAGUUAAUUGCAAAGCCACUUGCUGCACAGAAAAAGAAUUGACACUUGCCAGACAUUGUAGAAACUAUUCCAGUGUGCCGAGAGAAAUCUUAGGAAUGAGAAAGCAAGAUUUUAAAAAUGCUGAGUUGCUGAAUGGUCUGGAAGUUAUAAACAAGGUGUGGUGAAAUAAUUUUCUACCUGCAAUAGGCCAUAGCUACUAAACUUUGGACAUAAAAACUGGCUUUUUUAUGCUGUGACAUCAUGAAACCAAUUUGUAUAACUCCCAAGACCAACAGCAAUGGUUGAUAAGGUAUUUGUUGGCUCUUUAGCAAAGGGAAACAGCACAACUGAAAUGGCCCGUAUGAACAUAAAGGAUUAAUUGGAACUCUCAACAUUUACUCAGGUGUAGGUGGUAGGGUUUUCACAGUUUCAGCUCCUUGAAGCUGUUAAGGGGAAGAUAAAGAAUAGUGCUGGUACACUAGGUUAAUUUUUGGUGUUACAGAAAGUACUUGAAUCCUUCACUGGUGGAACACUGAUUUCCAACAUAGAUUAUUUAUGGAACUCUUAUUCAAAUCACCAAUAAAAUUAAGAUAUUGUUAUCUUGAUGACUGUUUUUCAGAGUAUAUUUUAUGCAUCUAUUUACUAUCUCAAAUUAAACCCAACUACCUGUAAUUAUUAGUGCCUCAUCUGAUAUUUCACAGAAUUGCUCAGUAACACUUCACUGGGUGGAGUGUUAGAAAUUGUUGCUUAUGCUACAAAAUAAACUGUUACUGUGAAAGAGAAA